AUAUAAUUGGGAGUAAGAAGGGAGUCUUUGAACAACUACCUGAUCACUAGCUAUCGUCAUCUUUCUCUCUUCCUACAAUACACCUACCGGCUAUCAUCAUGGCGCAGACAGACUACAAGUUCGAGGGCUGGAUGGGCCUUGACCAGAGCUCGGCCGACGGCAAAAUGGUCUGGCAGGAAUUUGAGCCGAAAGCAUGGGAAGAGACAGAUGUCGAUAUCAAGAUAACCCACUGUGGAAUCUGCGGGUCAGAUCUGCACACAUUGAGAAGCGGCUGGGGUCCAGCAAAGUACCCAUGCUGCGUUGGUCACGAGCUUGUCGGUAUCGCUGUCCGUGUCGGUUCCAAGGCGGAGGGCGGUAUCAAGGUUGGCGACCGCGUGGGUGUUGGCGCUCAGAGCGACUCUUGCCGCGGACGCUUGGGUGACUGCCCUGAAUGUGCUAUGGGACUGGAGCAUUACUGCAACAAGCACAAAGUCGGAACCUACAAUGGCAUACACUUGAACGGCGGCAAGUCCUAUGGUGGAUAUGCCUUGUACAACCGAUGCCCUUCGCACUUCGUCAUCAAGAUCCCCGACUCAAUCCCGUCGGCAGAUGCUGCCCCUAUGUUGUGCGGUGGUGUCACCGUGUAUAGCCCUCUAAAGGAGAACGGCUGUGGUCCAGGAAAGAGGGUUGGCAUUAUCGGUGUUGGCGGACUCGGUCACUUUGGUGUCUUGUUUGCCAAGGCCAUGGGAGCAGACAAGGUCGUUGCGAUCUCGCGCAAGGCUGACAAGAAGGCGGAUGCCCUCAAGUUGGGCGCGGACGAGUACAUCGCCACGGCAGAGGACGCGGACUGGUCUAAGAAGCACUCGCGUAGCCUUGACCUCAUUAUUUGCACUGUCUCGUCGGCAAAGAUGCCGUUGGAAGACUACCUCGAACUUCUUGCCACCAAUGGCACCUUCAUCCAGGUCGGUCUUCCGGAUGAUGGUGCUCUUUCUGUCCCUGUCUUCAAACUGCUGCGCGGUGCUAAGCUGGGAGGAUCCGGAAUUGGCAGCCCUGCGGAUAUUCGGGACAUGUACAAGCUUGUUGCGGAGCACAACAUCAAGCCAUGGAUCGAGGAGAUCCCGAUGAAGGACGCUAAUAAGGCGAUCGUCGAUAUGGAGGAGGGCAAGGCCCGAUUCCGUUACGUUCUGGUCAACGAACAAUAGUUGGACGGUUAAUGAGAUCUGUAAUGAGAUCUGUUUGCACGGCGUGCAUAUAAUCAAUUUUAGAUAUAGAUAUAGAAUAGAACGCGUUGCUCCUUUGUACUCUCUACGAA